GCUGCGGGAGUCGGAGGCUGCAGGGCGGGGAGACUGUGGCCCAGGCUGCCGGAGCGGAUACCGAUCAUCUGGAGACGACCGGCACGGCUGAGGCUGGCGACGUGUGCUUUCUUUCUGGGAAUUUUAAAAACCUUUUUUCCCCUUAAAACGAGCAGCGGAGGAGUCCCUGGAGUUUCCUUUUAAACGAGAGCCUUCAGAGCGGUACGAUGGAGGAUGGGAAGCCGGUGUGGGCGCCCCACCCAACGGACGGGUUCCAGCUGGGAACCAUAGUGGACAUCGGAGCUGACAGCCUCACCAUCGAACCUCUCAAACAGAAGGGAAAGACAUUUUUGGCUCCCAUCAACCAAGUAUUUCCUGCAGAGGAUGACCCCAACAAAAAUGUGGAGGAUAACUGUUCUUUGAUGUACUUGAAUGAAGCCACUUUGCUCAACAACGUCCGUGUGAGAUACAGCAAAGACAAAAUUUAUACGUUUGUAGCCAACAUCCUGAUCGCCGUCAACCCAUACUAUGACAUCCCAAAGCUUUACUCGCCAGACACCAUCAAGAAGUACCGAGGCCGGUCGCUGGGCACGCUGCCACCGCACGUCUACGCCAUCGCUGAUAAGGCGUACAGGGACAUGAAGGUCCUGAAGAUGAGCCAGUCCAUCAUCGUCUCAGGGGAGUCCGGAGCCGGGAAGACCGAGAACACCAAGUUUGUGCUCAGAUACCUGACAACCUCAUAUGGAACAGGCCAGGACAUAGAUGAGAGAAUAGUGGAAGCAAAUCCCUUGCUGGAGGCUUUCGGAAACGCGAAAACUGUCCGCAACAACAACAGCAGUCGCUUCGGAAAGUUUGUGGAGAUCCACUUCAACGAGAAGAACGCCGUCGUGGGCGGCUUCGUGUCGCACUACCUGCUGGAGAAGUCGAGGAUCUGCAGACAAGGCCCCGAGGAGAGGAACUACCACAUCUUCUACCGACUGUGUGCCGGAGCCCCCGAGGACUUCAGGCAGAAGUUCCACCUCAGCUCUCCAGACACGUUCAGGUACCUGAACAGAGGAUGCACUCGCUUCUUCGCUACCAAAGACACGGACAAAAAUAUCAUGCAGAACCGCAAGAGCCCAGAGCACACAAAGUCGGGCCCGCUGAAGGAUCCGCUGCUGGACGACCACGGCGACUUCAACAGGAUGUGCGUAGCCAUGAAGAAGAUCGGCCUGGACGACACGGAGAAGCUGGAUCUGUUCAGAGUGGUGGCCGGCGUGCUGCACCUCGGAAACAUAGACUUCGAAGAGGCUGGAAGCACAUCAGGCGGCUGCGCCAUCAAGAACCAGUCCAGUAAGACGCUGCAGCACUGUGCCGAGCUGCUGGGCCUGGAUCAGGAGGAUCUGAGAGUCAGCCUCACCACCAGGGUCAUGCUCACAACAGCAGGGGGCGCCAAAGGAACAGUCAUCAAAGUGCCGCUCAAAGUCGAGCAGGCCAACAACGCUCGGGAUGCCUUGGCGAAGGCCGUGUACAGCCGCCUGUUCGACCACGUGGUGACCAGAGUCAACCAGUGCUUCCCCUUCGACUCCUCUGCCAACUUCAUCGGUGUCCUAGACAUCGCUGGCUUUGAGUACUUUGAACACAACAGCUUCGAGCAAUUCUGCAUCAACUACUGUAACGAGAAACUACAGCAGUUCUUCAAUGAGCGCAUCCUUAAAGAGGAGCAAGAGCUGUACCAGAGGGAGGGGCUCGGAGUCAACGAGGUUCACUAUGUCGACAAUCAAGACUGCAUAGACCUGGUGGAGGCGAAGUUGGUCGGCAUCCUGGACAUCCUGGACGAAGAGAACCGUCUACCUCAACCCAGUGACCAGCACUUUACCGACACUGUUCACAACAAACACAAGGACCAUUUCCGCCUGACUGUUCCCAGGAAGUCUAAGCUGGCCGUCCACAGGAACGUGAGGGACGAUGAAGGAUUCAUUAUCAGACACUUUGCAGGAGCCGUGUGCUACGAGACGACCAAGUUUGUGGAGAAGAACAACGACGCUCUGCACAUGUCUCUGGCGUGUCUGGUCAGUGAGUCCAAGGACCGCUUUGUUCGUGAACUGUUCGAGAACUCCAACAACAGCAAAGACGUCAAGCAGAAGGCUGGAAAGCUCAGCUUCAUCAGCGUCGGCAACAAGUUUAAGACCCAGCUGAAUAUUCUCUUGGACAAGCUACGCAGCACGGGCUCCAGUUUUAUUCGCUGCAUUAAGCCCAACCUGAAGAUGGUCAGCCACCACUUUGAAGGAGCUCAGAUUCUCUCCCAGCUGCAGUGCUCAGGUAUGGUGUCCGUGCUGGACUUGAUGCAGGGUGGCUUCCCCUCCAGAGCUCCCUUCCACGAGCUCUACAACAUGUACCAGAAGUACAUGCCUCCCAAACUCACCCGCCUCGACCCUCGCCUCUUCUGCAAGGCUUUGUUCAAAGCCCUGGGACUGAAUGAGAAUGACUACAAGUUCGGCCUGACCAGAGUGUUUUUCCGGCCGGGGAAGUUUGCAGAGUUUGACCAGAUCAUGAAGUCGGAUCCAGACCACCUGGCGGAGCUGGUGAAGAAGGUCAACAAGUGGCUCAUCCACAGCCGCUGGAAGAAGGUCCAGUGGUGCGCUCUGUCUGUCAUCAAACUGAAGAACAAGAUUUUGUACCGAGCCGGCGCCUGCAUCAUGAUGCAGAAGACGGUCCGGAUGUGGCUCUGCAGGAAGAAGCACAAGCCUCGAAUCGACGGGCUAGUCAAAGUGCGUAGCCUGAAGAAGAGGAUGGACCGCUUCAACGAGGUGGUGGGAGGACUGAAAGAGGGCAAGAAGGAGAUGAGCAAGCAGGUCCAGGAGCUGGAGGCCGCCAUCGACGCCUUGAUAGCCAAAAUCAAGACCACGAUGUUGGGCCGGAUUGACAUCGACCACGAGUACCAGGCCCUGGUGAAACGGUCGGAGAAGCUGCUGACCGCCAUGCAGAACAAGAAGAAGGAGGAGGAGGAGCGAGAGCGGCUGAGACGCAUCCAGGAGGAGAUGGAGAAAGAGAAGAAGAGGAGGGAGGAGGAGGAGCAGCGCCGCAAGCAGGAGGAGGAGGACAGGCGACUGAAAGCAGAGAUGGAACUGAAGAGGAAGCAGGAAGAGGAGGAGAGGAAGAGGAGAGAGGAGGAGGAGAGGAGGAUUCAGAUGGAGAUGGAGCUGCAGCUGCAGGCUGAGAGGGAGGAGGAGGCGGCUCGGGAGGCCGUCCUGGCGCAGGAGAGGAGGGACCGGGAGCUGGCACUGAGGAUCGCCCAGAGCGAGGCUGAGCUCAUUCCUGAGGAAGUGGCCAACGACUCGGGCCUGCGCAGUAAUGGCUCCUCAGUUCCAUCGUCCCCAGAGAGAGCAGCCGCUCCUGUAACCACAAAGCUCAAGAGCUUGACCAUGGAGGAGAUGGCGAAGGAAAUGUCUGAAAUUCUGGCUAGAGGUCCACAGGUCCAGGCCUCCAAGGCUGCUGCUACAACCAAGAAGUACGAGCUAAGCAAGUGGAAGUACGCCGAGCUGCGGGACGCCAUCAAUACCUCAUGUGACAUCGAGCUGCUGGCUGCCUGCAGGGAGGAGUUCCACCGCCGGCUCAAAGUUUACCACGCCUGGAAGUCAAAGAACAAGAAGAGGAACACGGAGACGGAGCAGCGGGCGCCCAAAUCUGUCACCGACUACGAUCAUGCACCUCCUGUGAGAAAAGCAUCCCAACAGAACCCAGCCCCGCCCAUACCGGCCCGGCAAUAUGAGGUGGCGAUGAACCGGCAGCAGCGCUACUUCCGCAUCCCGUUCAUCCGGCCGGGCGACCAGUACAAAGACCCCCAGGGCAAGAAGAAGGGCUGGUGGUACGCUCACUUCGACGGGCCCUGGAUCGCCAGACAGAUGGAGCUGCAUCCAGAUAAACACCCGAUCCUGCUGGUGGCAGGGAAGGACGACAUGGAGAUGUGCGAGCUGAGUCUGGAAGAAACGGGCCUGUCGAGGAAGAGGGGCGCUGAGAUCCUCCCCCGGCAGUUUGAGGAGAUCUGGGAGCGCUGCGGCGGCAUCCAGUACCUCCGCAGCGCCAUCGAGAGCCGGCAGGCGCGACCCACCUACGCCACAGCCAUGCUGCAGAGCAUGUCUAAGUGACGGGGCCCGGGGCUUCGCAUGCAAACAAAGGGACGAAUGCACCAGCUACCUGACACAGAUGGCGUCUGAGCGCACUGCACCAGGUUCUGACUGCAGGGCAUUCAACGCGGGUUUUCUCAACUGUCCUUUUGUUCCUCUUGUGUCGAUAAGUUUUUGUUCUUGCGGGCUUUCAGUUCCUCGAUGGGCAGGGAAGUUUUGCAUUGAACCCUAUGCAGAAAAAAUCAUACUAAAUGAUCACAUCCGGUUGUUUUCCAAGGAAUUCUGUUUUCUGUAACAUUUCUGCAAGUCUAACUAUGAGGCCUUAAUACUACUUUAACAGGGUUUAAUUGCCGAAAAGUAGGACUUUUUUUUGUUUUUUGUUCAAAGCUGCCUCCCCAAACCAGAAAACUUUUAAUUCCUCUGUAAUUAUGCAUUCCUGAUGAUUACACUGAAGUCUCACUGGUGUGUCGCUUCCAUCUUAACAGCUAGCUGGUGAUCCCUCUCCGACUUAAAACCUGCUGUUUACAUUGUCUUCAUGUGGUUCUUACAGGGCAAAAAAAAAACUUGCACAAGGAGUUGUCAGCUCUCACCAUGAGGCAGUGCUGCAUGAGUGUCAGAUUAUUCCACUCGUAAUUAAGUCCAAUAUUUGCUAAUACUUUUUUAUUUUACCUUAUGUCUUUCCAACCGAAUGUAACUCGAGACCUCGUUGAUUUGUUUAUGUAGUGAUUCUUUUUUUUUUCUCUUCUCAUUAUGUGUGAUUUAAAUUAGUAAAGCUAAUGAGAAAGGUCCAAAAAUGUCUGACUUUGAGACCAAACGUCGCUCUUAACACUGAACCCUGGUUGGGUUUUUUCGUCUUGAGCAGCUCCAUGAUUAGUUUCUGUCUGUGUUCAUCAAGCAAAGCAGAAAAUGUGAAUCAAUUAUGCAACUGCUGAGAUAAAACUCCACACGUUGCUGCUGUUUCAGAGCAGAUCAGCGCUGCAAAAAAAUAUCCUCGACAACUCAGCCAUGCCAUCUUUGAAGUCUUCAAAUUUGAUCUUUUUGGUAAUUUGCCAAUGCUGUGAAUCCCCUGGGAGUUUCACUCAUUUUUCAUUGACGUUAUCUUUGCAAAAUAAAUCAUUCCAUCGGGCUGUUUGUUUCAAAAUGUCAUUUGAUUCCUGAAAAUUUCAUGUCGAUUGGCCAUUUUCCUGCUGUGUGAGCUAUCAAGCAUGUCAUCAACUGUACAAUGCACUUGUACUCAGCCUUUAACUGGAACGUUCACUGAAUAUUUUCUAUACAGCAGGUACAGUACAUGCAGCCGGCAGUGAUAUCACUGCUGGAAUGUAGAAGUUUAUUUUUGAAAGAACAGUUUCUACUCCAGUGGCUUGGGCAUGUGAGGUCGCUCAGAGAAGCAAUAAACCACGCAAAGUAAGCUACGAAGAAAAUCCAGGUCUCCUCUGACGUGUAUAUAAAACACAAUAGACAAUCUGUCGUGACGUCACACUGCGUUCUUUCCCUGAGGCUGCUACGUUUCCUGAGCUUUCUGUUCCCUUUGAUGCUCCCCACAGGAAAAGGUGACUUAGAUUGUCUGACAGCAUGAACAUCCGUCUUAUUGAAAAGUUGCUGAUCGCCUUUACAGACGGCAUUAACAUGCAGGAACGCAGGCUUAGAAAUCAAUAGAGUCAAAGCGCCCAGGGAGUGUUCAAGGUCUGUGACAGCAAAGACAGAAAGUUCUGAUUUGGUGUUCUGCAGGUCAACAGACAGCUGCACACGCGUGAUGAAACUGGACAGAUCUGACUGAAAAUGGCUGUCAAAAUAUGAAUUCAGUUCAAACCAAACAUGUCUUUAUGUUCUUGAUCUGCAAACUGCCAAAUCAGUGAAGAUUUGUAUGUCUGACGCUGGGUUUAUACAAGAAAUGAAUCAAUACAUCUUUCUACAACAACACAACUAAUGGACGGAACUGUUACCCAAAUGCGUCGAGCUCAUUUUCUUUCAACACAUGCCUGUUAUGACACUGACCCUGUUUUAGAUAAAGACUGUAUUACAAUAUGAAGUAACUCCAUGCUGUUGUACAGUCACUGAUUGCGUUGGAACAAUGGUUCUAACCUAGAUGUCUGGAAUAGCAUUCGAACCAAAUUGAAGCCCCUUCUACAGUCGCCCAUUGAAACACAAAUCCUUAAAUAUGCGCUCAGCUUGUUUGGAAAAGCAACCAAAAGCAGCACUCAGGGUAUCUGCAAGUCUCUAAAAGCACUGAAUUCAGUUCCCUCCAAGUCCUUAAAAAGGUAAUAAAAGUCUUGAAAUUCAUCUACAGAAACCUUGAUUAUUUUUCCUUCCCUGCUGCAGACAGUAACAUUAGUUAAACGUGUUUGUAUGUGACUGCAGCGUUCAGUUAUUGUGCUGCAGGAGGCUGCUUGAUCCUUUUCUAUGGAGUUUCAGUAAAGUACCAUCACUACAGUAGAAAGCAGAAUCACCAGCUCACAAUGGACAAGUCAAGAUUUUUGUGAGAAUUCAUUUAUCUGGGUUCAAGUUAAGUUCCCUGCCAUGAUAUUUAACCAUAAAUUACCAUUACACACCUCUGGAAAGUGCAGAAAACAUCAAUAAGUAAUGGUAGGCCUAAUUGGCCCCAUAAGUUUAAUUGUGAAAGUGGUAGUGGUGAAUACUGCAGAAGCAGAUGUAAUAUUGGAGUAAUUACCAAGCUGUAAAUAGUUUUCUUGUCAACUUCCAAGUUCUUUUGACUGUGGAAGUCUGGUUUUUCUGAAAACUUGCCACAUAAUGAUAUAGAAAAGUGCCUGAAAACUCCAAAAAACAAGGACAACUUUCACCCACCAAAGACCAAAUGAACCAAAACUGAAUGGAUACAGUGUCAUUGCAUCAACUUAAUUAUGUGAAGGCUCAGAAGUUGCUCCCAUCCAUCCAGUAUUUCCUCCAAUCCAAUUUAUACAGAGUUGUGAACGUUGUUACAAUACAUCAAAGUGUCCAGCAGCACCGCAGCUGAACAGCUAGGCAGGGUGACAGGUGGAACAACUGGAUUUUACUGUGAAUUCUGGUGUAAAUUUUCAACAAAAAAAAAAGCACAAGUAUGAAGAGCUGUGGUCCAGCUGGAAACCUGAGCUUUGUGGACGAACAUUUCAAACAUCUGAAAAUGAAGUGAUGACCAUUUCAUCCUCCAUCAGUCAGGAUAGGAAGUUAAAUCACCAUAAAAUCCUUUAUGACUCCAGGUAACGUGUAGUUAGCUUUGGUUAUAACACUAAUCGUUGAGUAAAGUGACCAGUAGCACUUGUUCUGGCUCGAUUGUGGAUGUUUCAGUUACACAUUCAGACAUCACUGUUGUACACUGUAGUUCAGACGCAGUCUUCACCUUGAAAUCGAACGUCUUCUUUUGUCCAAGUCUCCAUUUUCUUUGCUGGCUUUUCUCUUUGUCCUCCUGUUUAUGACUCUAGUUGCUGGCACAACUUCUGACAUCAAACACAGACAGUAAAGAACAACAACACUUCAAAUUGUAAAUGACAUGUAGGACAUGAAGUUCAAAAUGUCAGGAUGAAUGUUUAAACAAGAUGCGAUGAGUUUUUCCUGCAUGUUAAUGUUCGAGUGUGAAGGGGCCACGUUGUAAACUUUGCCUGAGAUCAAGACCUCAGUAUUAGUUUUAACACCAGACUGACGACCUCGAAGUAUUUCCCCAAAUGUACAAGAAAAUGUCGUGAAUUUGCUACGGUCCGUUUCUCGCCACACAUUGCAAUCAUUCCUCGGGAAGCACUGCCUUUGUCCACUGUCCAUUUUUCUAACGCUGAUCUCUCUUAACACAUGAAUAAAUGCAUUCCAUGUUUCACUCA